GGCUCAGCCCGGCCCCGCUCGGCCCCGCCGCCGCCUCGCCCGCACCGCCCGGCCCCGCCGCAGCCCCGGCCCCACGGCAGCCCUCAUGCCCCGCCUCGGAGCCAAGGUGUCCCUGCUCCGCUGCACUCUGCUGUCAUCCCUCAUCCUCCUCCUGGUCUGCAGCAUCCAUGAGACGGAGCAGAACAGCUACUGCCAGCAGAUCAUCACGGAGAAGCACCUGGCCGAGCUGGAGGAGCUGGCUGACACUCAGAUGCAGCACCCAGGCAGGGUCUCCUUCAAGUUCAUCAAUAAGACACAGUUGAAUGACUCUGUUUGCUACGUGAAAGCUGCCUUCCCCCUGCUGGGCAAGAUCCUGGAGCGAACAGAGUUCAAGGAGAACUCCUCCAACGCCAAGAGGAUGCAGGCGGUGCGCAGGAUGUACAACAGCAUCGACGAGAACGUCGACCCCUGCAUCAGGGAGGAGGAUGAUGAGGAGAGGGAGCUGUCCCAGAUGUGCUUCGAGGAGUUCACCACCUCCCCCUACGAGAUGCUGCUGCUGGUGAAGGAAUUCUUCCAAGACAUCAACCAGCUGCUGCAGGACCAGGAGACCUUCGAGAGGGACUGCAGCCAGGUCUACCUCAGCACCUGCUUGGGGCCCAGGAAGGCUGGACCCCCACCAGGUGUGGGGACAGAUCCUGACUGCAAUUACCUGUCCCCUGCCCUCCCUCCUGCCACCCAGCCCUCCCUCUCCGCUGCCACCCAUGCCAGCAGGGAGGUGGCAGCCGCUAGCACCCGGGUCCCUUACAACCUUCUCCAUGCCACCCUCGCUGACUUAGAUGCUCCGUCUCAGCCCCCCAGCAGCACGGACGGCGGCUCAGGGACCGAGGAGGUCCUGGGUGCCGGGGUAGGGGACACGGUGCCAGUGCCACCCUCUGGCAUGCAGCAGACAGCUCCAGCCGACAGCACCAAACCCCUCCUGGAUCCAGCUGGGACCCCGAGCCUGGCAGCAGUGGAUGUCCCCAUCCUGCGUGGGGACGGCGAGCUGGCGGACGGAGGCUCUGAAGCAGCAGCUGGGCCCCCCCUGCAGGAUCCAGCCCAGAAGCAGGGAGUCUCCAUCCUCCCGGAGCAUCCCGGCGGGCUCGGCACCAGCACGCCAGAGGCAUCCCCCAGCUCCGGCUCGGCCGGUGGCGGAGCCAGGAUCCGUCCUGCCGCGGCGGCAGAGCCCGUCACGCAGCUGCGCUUCUCCAGGAUGGCUCCGGCCGUAGGGGGCCGGGCGCCGGGAGGCCCCGGGGCGAGGGGGCGAGGCUGGGGGCUGAGCCGGCUGCGGGAGCCCGAGGACGGCGGAGCCGGCCCCAGCUUUGACUCUGGCUUUGUUCUGAGCGCAGAGCAGCGCAGGAAGGAGCCGCCUGCCAGCGAGGGCCACUGGGAGCCCCUCAUAUACAUCAUGGUGGCCAGCGUGGUGGCUGUCUUGCUGGCCGUGGGAGGGCUGCUCUUCUACAAGUAUAAAUCCAGGGUCCUGGACCGAUCGCUGGAAGAUGGAGGCUGUGACCCCGAGGAGCCAGAGAGGAGGGCGCUGCAGGGAGCGAGGGGAUGUCCAGAGCUGGAGACUCAGGACCUCUGAGGGCCCGCGGUGGGAUGUGAAGCUGCUUCGGGGGGGAUGGGCUCCGGAUGCUCCUCGCCGUGCGAAGGAGGCUGGGCGCGGGCCGGGGGCCGCCGUGCCGCUGGCCCUCCCCCCCUCUUCCCUUGCCCCACGCCAACGGCCAGAGACUGCAACGACCCCACCCUGGCAGGGAUGGAAGGCUGGGGGGAUGCUCCCCGGGCGGGAUCCCCUGGAGGCAAAGGGCUGGAAGAGGUCGGAUUGGCACUGCCGCGGCAAGGCCGGUGCUGAGCAGGACAAUGGAGGUGCUGGACGUGGGAUGCUCAACGCCCCUCGGACACAGCCCAGUGCUGGCCGAAGAUGGAGGGGACCAGCUCCCUGAAUCCGCUCCCUGAAUCCCUCUGGCACUUCUCCCA